CGCUCCCAGGCGACUUAGGGCGGAGUGGCAACAUGGCGGCCCCAGGAGCGGGUGACCCUGUGGAUACGGAGAGUGGAAAAGCCCCGUUCGCCCAGCGCAUUGACCCGUCGCGGGAGAAAUUGACCCCCGCGCAAGUGCAGUUUAUGCGGCAGGUGCAGCUUGCCCAGUGGCAGAAGAUGCUGCCACAGCGGCGGACCCGGAACAUUGUGACCGGCCUGGGCAUCGGGGCCCUGGUGUUAGCUAUUUACGGUUACACCUUCUACUCGGUGUCCCAGGAGCGUUUCCUUGAUGAGCUGGAAGAUGAGGCCAAAGCUGCCCGAGCCCGAGCUCUUGAGAGGGCGUCAGGAUCCUAAGCUGCAUGGACUUGGCUAUCUUCAUACUGCUGGAGCGCCUUUACAUGUUGAAUGAUCCAGCAUCACUAACCUACUUAGUAACUUUGGACCAUGAUUGAGCUCCAAAAGCCAGAGACUAUGCAUUUGGCCACUGUCAAAAGGGCAUUGCUCAUUUCACAUGCGGGUUGUACAGUUAACCCCCCUUCUUCCUUUUUUGUUCGGGAGAUGUGCAACCUUGGCUUUCCCGAAACUUUGUUUUUCUCCCUUCACCUCCCAGGGGCCCACUUGUUAGGGGGGAGGGUAUGGCAGCUCUGUAGAGUUGAAAUCUAAAGUUAGGGUCAAGUUAAGAGUAAUAAAAUAAGUCAUCUCUUCUGAA